AUGGCUUACGAACAUUUUGCUUUGUCUAGAGCUACUAUUAAAGAAAUGUGCAUGCCUGGGACAGCCUGUGAUGAAAAAUUUACUCAACUUCCCGAAAUUGGAAUUUCUUGUCUUUCUUUAAACGAUUUAUGGAGUGAACAGGCAGAAAUGCAAGGAGAGGAAACUAGACCAGAAAAUUUGUCUUUUAUUAAAUUAAUUAAUUACAAAGAAAAUACAAGGCAUUGGGUGGAUAUUGAACCUUUACCUUCUCAAAUAUUGACAAUUUCUUUGGAUUGUGCUGACAAAAAAGGAUUGAAGAUUCGUUUUUCAAUAAUGCAAGAGCCCCCUUCAAAUUGGUUUUGGAUAAAAUAUCCAGUUUUGGUUAAUGAUUUUUCUUUGGUUAUUGGAAUUGAAAAAAAGGAAUUAUUGAGGAGAUGUAUUUUCAAAGGAGAAAUUGUUUUUGUUAGUUUUUUUUUAAUUUUCGAAUUCGGGUUGGGUAAUAUUGAAGAAUUGGGGAAGGCACUUAAAAAAUUUUUUUUCUGA